AUGUCCCUACCAAACCUGAAUAUCUGCCAGUGGAUCAACUUCAGGCUGAAAAUCCAGCGCCAGGCUCUUCGCAGACCCCAGCAAUACAAACACUGUCAUACACUGCUUAUCGUCAAAGCUGCAGUUCUAUCUUCCGGCCUUGCUCUUGCCAGGCCUUCCCAGGGCGGGUCCAGCUUCAAGCGCAAGACCAGGGACGCUUUGGAAUCCGCCGCGAAAAAAUUCAAGAUGAACCCUGACGACGCGGACGUGGACGGCGAUCUAGAUGUGACCGUCCAGACGGCCAGUCUUGGAGUCAAUUAUCUGCUGAAUAUCGUCAUCGAUAAUGUAAUGUGGAUCUGGUAUUGGGACCGACAAGGGAUCAUUGAAUGUUCUAGCAUAAACUUUACUCAAGAUCUUCCGUCAUUCAUGAUGCUUUUAUAUGCUCUACAACGUUUCACUCUUCACGAUUGGGGGCGAAAAAUGGACUUUUUCUCAGUUCAAGCUGAGGGGAAACGAUGCCACGAAUUCAAAAUCAAGGAUGAGAAACUCGGAGAGGUGGAUUUGCUGCUUCACACCAGUCACGAUAAAAGAGUGACGCACUACGGACUGCAAGGACGUGCCACUGAUGUGGUUCUUGUCAUCAGCGAAGCGCUCACGAAGAAAUACAGAAACUUCCGGGAUGGGAUGGUGGCCAAGAUCCUUUGGGGAGAGGCAAAUUGCACCAGCGAGCCAGAAAUUAUAAACAAGGUCAAGGAGAUCGGGAAAGUACACGAUACCGUAAAAGACCAUAUUCACGAGCUGCUAUGGCACCACCAAUCCAUGAAUCCUACGUCCAUCAUCCGAGAAGCGCUCGGCGUUCCGGAACCUACCACGGGCAGUCGCGUGCUCUACAUUAUUCUAUUCCACAAGCUCCUCACCAUCACGAAACUUCACGGCAAAGAGCUUUUCGACGCCUGGCAUCAAUGUAUCUUGUGCCACCUUACUCUGUGGAAAGAAGGAGUUUGUCACCGAGAUGUCAGCCCUGGAAAUUUGAUGUGGUACUGGAAAGAUGGGAGGCGGAUAGGCCUUUUAAACGACUACGAUCUAUCCUCGUUGGCGGAUGACCCGGGUUAUCAGGGCAAUGAGCACCCAGGCACGGUGCCGUUCAUGGCGCACGAGCUUCUUGCCGAAGAUGGUCAACAAGGCAAAGUGAAACACCUAUAUCGCUAUGAUCUGGAGUCAUUUAUAAAGGGUGUCCUACUACCACGAAGAUUGCGUCCCUUCGAUGAGUGGGCGACUUCAAGCGCUAUUGUAUGCGACCAAGUCACAUGGGAGUUUCUUAUGGACUGUUUUGUGGUACUUAAAAUGGAUGCCGACAACCGAUACUAUCUUCGCUUUAAACGGCCAUUCGUAGAUUCGCAAUACAAGUAG